CAACAUUGUUUACUUGUUCGCCAGUUAUUACAUUUGAGGCCAACUGUUAUAACAUUUGGAGCCAGUCAUUACAUUUGAGGCCAACUUUUAUUACAUUUGGAGCCAGUUAUUACAUUUGAGGCCAAUUAUUACACUUGUGGCCUCAACAUACGGUACUCAAGCUAUGCUUGUAAAAUACGGUAGCCAAACGUUUCGAUAAAUAUACUUCGUUAAAUCAACUAUAUGGUGUCCAUUUAAAAUUUUUGUUGCAUGCACACGGAUCCACAGACUACAAACUUUUUAAAACCCCCAGAUCAAUGAGAAAAGAAGUGCUAGAAUUUUUUCCAGUGCUCUUUAACUUAAUCAACAGUGAAAGGUCUUUAACGCCGGGCUUGUGGCACCAUGCAUAGAUAGCUUGUUACAAUUUAGUUUUUAGCGGUACAUGUUUUGAACCUGUGAAUGAAUCUUACAAAUGUUGCUUUAUUUUAGCAAUAUAUUUGACGUUCGUUUAUGUUACUCUGUUCAGGAAAAACCUGCAGUGACAUAAAGUCUCACAGCUCACAAGCUGUCAGUGCUUCUUACGUCAUCGAUCCCGAUGGAGAAGGGGGGUACGAGCCGUUUAUCGUGUACUGUGACAUGACAGACAAGAAUGAAGUUGGCGUGACAGUUGUCAGCCAUGACAGCGAAGCUAGAACGCUGGUCGAUGGAUAUGAGAGUAAGGGCAGCUAUGAGCGUCGUGUUCACUACAUCUCAUCUGGCUUGACUGGUGUUGAACAACUUGCUGGCCUGGCCGAUGCCUCCGCACACUGCGAACAGUUUAUCAAGUACGAAUGCCUCCAUAAUGGUAUUUUCUUCAAUGGCAACAAAUAUGGCUGGUGGAUGUCACGCAUUCACGAGGAAAUGAACUACUGGGGAGGAGCCACACCAGCUGAUAACUACAAGUGCGCAUGCGGGUUGACAAAAUCAUGCGCAGAUCCAAGCUAUGGAUGCAAUUGUGACGCCAAUGACAAUGUAUGGCGAGAGGAUAGCGGCUUUCUCACUGAAAAAUCCGACCUGCCGGUGUUGACGCUGCAGUUUGGAGACACUGGAUCUUCCGGCGAGAAAGGUUACCACACACUUGGAAAAUUCAAGUGUUAUGGCUAUGCUUGAAAAGUGUGUGACUUUGCAAGGUAUACGUAGACCCAAACAAACACUACCAGUGUUGUAGCUGAGGUUUGGAGGCACUGGAGGUGCCAGUGCGAGAGGUUACUGACACACUUGGAAAAUUUAAGCGUUAUGGCAACGCUUGAACAGCGAAAAUAAGCCUAGCGUAAUUCUCUUUUGCUAUGCAUGUAAUCCACUGUACACAGACAGAGUUAAAACUUUUCUUUUCUUCAAAACUGCUCGGUACCGUGAAGGUACUUGAGUGAGUGCUGAAAAGACGUUAUCACUUUCAUUUCAAUUUUUUUCUGUCCCGAGCCGCACGUUAAUAUCCUGGUUGCUUUUGCAAUCACCUCGGCUUCUUAAUUUUACUCUUUCCUACCAUCUUGCGCAUAGUAAAUAGCCGGAAUAAUCUGUGAAAAAGUCUAGGACCCCAUGUAAAAAGAGAUCACCGAAUUUGUUAAAAGUACAUGUUAUAUCUAAGUAAUGCUAAAAGUGAGUGUAAAGAGUAAAACUAUAUAAAGCUGGACAUAGAGUACUCAUAACUCCAUGAAAUACCACUUAGCUCUAGCCUUAAACAAAUUAACAUUCGUAGCACUACGAGUUUCUACUGGAAGCCUAACCCGUGUUUGGGGCCUCACCAUAAGCCAUCAGCACUACAUCAUUCCACGGAAAGGUUCCACCGGCUUUUGAGAGACAUUUCUUAACUUGAGGCACAAUUCUAAAACCCAAAGAAGCCAAUAAAAGGAUCAAAUGAAGAGAGCCGUUUACACACGCGCCAGUAAUUUUCUCAGUCAUAUAAUAAAUGAGUAAUUCUGUGAAAGCUAGAGCAACUAAGCAUUUACACCGGUCACUCAUGAUGUUUGAAAAUUCUUUCAAAUUACACUCGCACAUACACUAAUUAAAUAUGUAU